UCCCUGGCCCCCGCCCCUGCGUCGUCGUCUCGCGUGUUCUUCUCCCCCCCUCUCUCUCCCGGAUUCGUAUCCCUCCCCGCUGCCUGGUUCGAUCCAAUUUGUUCUUCCCCCCCGCGCAAUUUGCUGCGCCGACGGCGACGGGCCACGGCGCGCAUGCCCUGCCGGCACCCGCACCGGCACAGGCACCGGAGCGGCGCUAAUUGAUUCCCUCUCAUGUUGGCAUAGGUUGCCAGAAAACUUCAGCAGGGGAAAAAAUGGUUCAGCUCUUUCUGCAAGUGCCGGCAGACGACGGCAGUGUCGAUACAGAUGCUGUGAGAGCGAGGAGGUCUCUGCUGGACAAGGCUGAGUCGGUGAUCAAGUCGGUUGUAAGGUCCGGAGGCCGGUACGAGGCUCGGAUGUGGCUGUGCAGUACCGUCUCGUCGAUUCAUCUGCUCGAUCCGCGUGACCAGCGGGACCUGUUCCUCCAUCUCCUGGAGAUGAAGGACUUGAGGCGGGAUGUCGCUGCACGCCUGCUGCGGAUGAUUUUCGACAAGAAGCCUGCGAAGGCUGGCUCCGUUUUAGCGAAGAAGUGUCAUAUGCUGGAGAAAUUUUUUGAAGGAAACCCUGAGCGGAUACUGCAAUGGUUUAGCCACUUUGCUGCUACUGGGGAGUCAGCACACAAAAAGGGUGCUCGGGCACUUGCUCAGUUUGCAUUUGUUAAUCGUGAUGUUUGCUGGGAGGAGCUUGAGUGGAAAGGCAGGCAUGGUCAGUCUCCUGCUGUUGUUGCUACUAAGCCUCACUACUUUCGUGAUCUUGAUGUUCUCCAGACAGUGGAAAAUUUCCUUGAAUAUGUCCCAGACUUCUGGUCUUCAGAAGAGCUUGCUGAUUCUGUCAAAGAUGGUCAAAUACUGCAAAUUGAUACAGAAUAUUUUGUAGAUCAAUUUGUCUAUUUGAUGUAUGAGGGGAAUUUCAAAGAUGUGUGGCAAGUAGUUGAAGAUUUUCUGAUGGAGGAGCAGUUUUCCACCCUGUCUCAGUAUGUUCUUAUUCAUCUAGACGAACAAAGGCUUCUUCGUUUCUUAAAAACAUUAGGGAAGCUCAUCAGUCCGGAUGCACAGUGCACAAAGUUAGCAUUCCCAUGCUGCUGGCUUGAGGUUCUUUUGUCGGCACAUAUUGAUCAGAUAUCUCUUGAUGAACUUAUCCUAUUGAACUGUGUCAUUGCCAAGGGUAGACAACUUUGGCAUCUCAUGAAUGACGAAGAACACGAGGAAGAACGAGGGAGGAUGAACGAGCUUGUGAGGACCAUGAAUGACUUGACUGAUGCUAAUCAUUUUGCUCUCAUAAAGGAUUUCAUGGGUACAAAGUUUCCUGACGCACUCAAGUGGAUAGGCAUCCAGUCCUGGGUAAUUUUAUGUGGUUUGUCAAAAUUAUGCAAAUCAGCUGUUUCUUGUGAAUCUCUGUUCACUGGUAACAGCAUAGAAUUUCGCAAGGCUUAUGAUUAUUCAUUGGUUCAGAACGAUGGGCACUCAGUUUCACAUACUUCAGAUACUGAUGAGAAGGAUCUGACUAGAAGUAGUCAUAAAAAAAGAAAGAGAGAUAAGAAGAGAAGACGACAUAGAUAUGAUUCCGACGAGGAUAAUGUUGAUCAGCUGCUUGAACUGAGAACUUUCACUGGGAAGAGGGCUAUUGAAUCACAAUGUGGAAGCUGGUACCUGUCAACUGAUGACUUCUCUGCUCCUUGGGACAUUGCCGACAUACCGGAUCACCUUUCUACUUGUUAUCUUAGAGUGUGGCUGAAAUGGGCUUGCUUUAGAUGAUCCUCCUCCUUGUGGCACAUGUGUGGCAAUCAUACUAGCUUCUCUGGUGAAGUGGAGCUGUUUAUACAUGCAUUUUCCCAAAUGGCAUAUGCAAUCUUCAGACCAUGCAUCCUGAUGAUUCAUGCAUUUUGGAUGUGUUAACUGCAUGAGUUCGCACGAUACCCUAGACCAGAAUGUCUCCUGGGGUUCAUCCGAGUAGGUUGGUGCCAAUGGAAAUUCCGGCUACAUGGACAUGGAAAAUAGCUGUAGUAUUGCCCUGAAACAAGUUUGAAUGCCGUUUUUGAUAUUAUUACAGAUCUUAGUGUUGAUCACGGGGUAGUACAAACUAAUCUGCAGUCGUAAGUAUGACCCGGUGAUACAUCACAGUUUGUAACUGCUCUUGGUUUUUCUGAUUAAACGUAUUCUAGAUGCGCAUCACCAGCACCAGCUAAGAAUUUUGUACUACAUAUGCAUCUGUGUUUCUGUACUGGCUGCAGUUCCUGGGUGCAAAGUCUCCAAAUUUUUUUCCUUCA